UACCCUUGCAUGUAGUUAUGUAAUUUCAUGUAACUGAGAAAAUAAAGAAUGUGUGAAUACAUUUACUUAAAAGUUUUUGAAGUCGAAAAGGAUUUGACAUUUAUGUCAUAUAUCAUUGCCUAAUCUUAGCCACCUUGAAAGGCUUAAUGGGCAGCUGGGCAAAAAGCCAUGAAAAUGCACAUAGGUAAGGAUAAGGACUGUAAGGAUAUAUUAAAUAUAAGCUUAAAAAGCUUUAUAAAUUGAUUCAAGUUGAUUAACAUCAGACUUAUAUGGACACUUGAAUAGCACAGUUUAUGACAAUGAUAAGGCUUGAGUACAAUAUAUGAACUGAAACUAUGCAGCUGAGAGGAUUCAUAUUACAUGUCACUUCAAACAGAAAUGAACCAGUACUUGAUUGAAAUGAAAUAAGAUAAUUGAAAACAGAAAUGAAAUCAAAAACACCAAAUGUCAAAAUAAACAUCAUAUUGUUCAGCUAGAAAGAUACAGCUUGAAUUACUUACAGAUAUACAAAAGUCUGCUGUUGCUCAAAAGUUAAAAUAUUAAAGCCAUGUUCAAAGUUCAAGUUUGAUUCUUGAAGGAAGUAUACUUGAAAUUGUGAAGUGAUAUUUUGAUUGCUGGCAUUCAAGUUGUCUGCAUAUAUAUUGUCUACAUCAUGCCAUAUGCAUAGAUUAUACAUACUGGUUCAUUACGAGCACAUAUGUACGUGAUAUGAGAAUAUUAUGCAGAAAUAGCAACCAUUUGAACUAUUGUUCAGUAAAUCAUGUACAUGUAUAUUGUGUUUUAAAACAUGAGGAUGAGUCAUUAAAGAGAAUGGAUUGUUUACCAACAAACAACAGGAUUACUUACUGUUUAUCUGUGCAAAGUGAACCAGAACGCAAAGCUUAGUGCAUCGGAAUUACGUCUUACUUAACUGAGCAAAGAAAGUGCACCAUUAUUUAACACUGUUUUGCAUAUAUGUAUUAUAAAGGAUACUAGGGAAAAGUAAGGGAAAAUACAAGAUUUCAUUGUUGAAAAUAUCUGACCAUAACCCACAUUGGUUAUAGUGCUUAGGGGGAAUAUUGUUGAUAUCAGGCUCAACAUGACGGGAUACUUAUAUGGCUGGACCAAUAAGGUCAUGAGGCUAUUCUCUUGGAGUGAAGAACAGAAGACUUUAGAUGAUGACAAAGAUGAAACAUCAAAUGAUGAAGAAACUUAUAGUUCAGAUGUGGAUGUUUUUGAUGAAAGUAAACAAAAUAUUUCAGAUAUUAGAUCACAUAGUUCUAGAGAUAGUAAAGAUGAGAACAUUCCUGUUGAUGAAACUCCAUUGAGUGGUGUUCUAGGGAAUAUUUUGAUUGAUGAAGCACAUAACAAUGCUAACUAUAAAGAUAUAAGAAAAAUUACUUUAGCCAAAGUAAAUAAAGAUACAAAUUACAAUAUAGAUGAUAAAGAUAAAGUUCCAUGGGUAGGUGGCAACUCCUUAGAACAUUCAGAAGAUGUUAAAAACUUAGUUCUUGAUGAAGAAAGUAGCUCCGAUGAUGAGGCAUACAGUAUUUCACAUGAAACGUUAUCUAAUGAAGAAAUAAAUUAUGAUUUCGAGAAUAAGGGAACUGUGUAUCAGAAUCUAAGAAACAAUAAUGAUGAUAUUGAUGUUAAGAUUGAAACAAAUGAGAAGCGCAGUGUUACAUUGAAAAGACCAUCUGCAAGAGAUGUACAGAAUAGUGUGAAUAACAUAAAUGAUGUUGAAGACACUGUGGAUAAUAAAGAUGCCUUGGAAGAGAGUAAACAAGAUGAGAUACUUGAUACAUUACACAGAGCACAUACAAUUGAACAAAGUGAUGCACGUAUGCACAAGGAUGAAAGUGAAUCCAAACCAAUAAUACCAGAUGCUAAUGAGCAUGUAAUCACAAAUGGAGAUACAGAACCACAACAUAAAAGAGUCAGUGGGCACAUUGUUUUGCCAGAUAUUGAAGAUCCAAUUAGCAAGUCUGAAAAAGUUGUAGGUAUUGAAAAUAAUGAAUCAAGUAUACAAAGUCAAGUUGAAGGAUGUACUUCAGAAAUAUUAGAGCAACAUGAAGUAGAAAGUAAUGGAGAAAAUAGAUCAAGAUCCAGACACAAUGAUUCAUUAGAUGUGAUAGAAAUUAACAGGAUUAAUGAUAAGUUACAAGUUGAGAAUGAAAAUGAAGAACAUGUUGCAACUGUAGGAGAGCAACUCAUCAUCAAAGAAAACAAUGAAAAUAUUUUAGAUGAAGUGAAUGAAGACAAAACAGUCCCAGAUUUAAUUAUUUGUAAGUGCAUACACGAAAAUACCAUAUGUCUGUUCAGAAUGACAUUUAAUUUUUAUCAUUAACUUUUUUUGCCAAUUUCCCCUUCAACCAUUUUUAUUUCUGUAACUGUUUCAUCUUUAUUGAAUUUGUUGAGUUUAGGGACCGAGUCAACAUUCCAGUGCUUUUCAAGAUGUAAAUAAGCCUAAUUCAGAUAUCCCUUCCCUCUAGUUAAAAAAUAGAAAAUAAUAAA